AUGGAAGAAACUGAAAAUGUUUAUUGUCCAAAACUUCAAAAUUUUAAUGAUGAAACAUCUGAGAAUGUAAAUGAUACUAGUGAUGAUAAAAACAAAAAUAAUGAUGAUAAUAAUGAUUAUGAUGAUAAUAAUGUUAAUAUGUUAGAUGACAAACAUAAUUUAGAGAAUGAAGAAGAUAAUAAUAAGGAUAAUAUGAUGAUAUUUUCUUCUAUUCUACGUUAUCAAAGAUAUAAAACCAAGAAAGGUAAUAUUUAUUUUGAUUUUAAAAAUACAAACUUAUCUUUAAAUGAAAAAGAUAUGUUAGUUCAAAGUAGCAAUUUUUAUCAUUUGUUUGAUAUAAAAUCUUUACUUUGCCCUCAUAUAUAUUUGAAUGUUAAUUCUCAUAUUAAUAUAAAUAUAUCGGAUUAUAAAAAUUAUUUGAAAAGAGUAUUUAAUAAUGAUAAUAUAGUAGAUGAUAAAAAUGAAAUUGUUAAAUAUAGUUCAUGUCAGGAAUUUAUAUUUGAGGCUGUAGAGCAGGUUGAACAUAUAGAAGUGUUUACCAAAGUUCAGAUAGUGAAAAAACUUUUUUUAUUCCUAAAUCAAAAUGUUGCCGAAAAAAUGAAGAAUUACAUUAACAACAUUCCUAUUAUAAAUUCAAACGAUUAUGUACUAGUUCAGACAAAUUUAAAAAAUGAUUUGUUGCUUGGAUAUGUAAAGAGUAGUAAGUAUAAUCUAUUUUUUGAAAUCUUAAACAUGAAAAAAUGUUUCCAUUCAUUUUUAAAUGAAAAUAUAAUUAUAUAUGAAAUAAAUGAAGACAAAGAAGGUUAUUUUAAAACUAUCGAUGGAAAAAAAUAUUUAAAAGAACAAAUAAUAUAUGAGAAAAAAGAUUUACUUAAAAAUUUGGAUUUCUAUUUAAUGUAUUAUUGUGAUUACUAUUUCUCAUCAAAUUCGAUAAUUGAAUGGGAAAAAAAAUAUAAUAAUAAUAAUAAUAAUAUUAAUUGUGUUAGUAAUAAUAAUAAUAAUAAUUGUAGUCAUAAAAAUAAUCAGCAGUUUAUAGAAAACGAUUAUAACGAUAUGCAUCUCUUUUUUUCUUUUAAUAUAUGUAUAAAAUCUGUAAAGAAUAAUUUAUUUCUUCAUAUUAUUUUUAAUGAUAAUAACCUUAAAAUUAGCGAUGAAUAUUUUAUUGAAUCCUUUCCACAUUAUGAAGAUUUAAAUUUGUAUAAUAAACAAUUUGAUAUAAAUAAGAUGGAUAAGAAUUUAUUUAAAUCAAAUACCUUUUUUAUAAAUAAUUUAUAUUAUCAUUUAAAGUGUAAAUUAUUAUGUGUUUUCAAAUUUAUAAAUAUGUCAGUUGAUGAUUUUAUGACAGAUAUACAUAUAUCUCAAAUUAAAAAAAAGGGGCAUAUAAAUGAAAAAGAUAGUUAUAUGUUGUAUACUUUUAAUAUACAUACAUUAAGUAAUGAAGGUAUGGUAUAUAUUUUUUUUUGCAAUUUAUAUAUAUCAAAUAUGUUUAAGGAAAAUAAUUUUGAAAUACGUGUUCCUACAUAUUUACAUUUCCAAUUAAAUAAACAAAAUUCAUACAAAAAGUUAAAAUUGAUUAAAUAUAAUUCAAAGUUUUUGUAUUCACUAUGUUAUAAAGAAAAAGGUGAUUGUAAAAAAAAAAAAAAAAAAAAUGAUCUUCAUGAAAAAGGUAGUGAUAAUAAUAGAGAUAAUAAUAAUAGUGAUAUUAAUAAUAAUAAUAAUAAUAAUAAUGGUAAUUAUUAUUGUUCCCAUAAUACAAUUUUUUCUAAUGAUGAAAAAUUUAUUUUCAAUAGCUCUGAUUUUAACAAAUUGGAUCAAAUUAAAAAUGAUAAUUAUUUAAUAAAGGAUGAGAAAAUAAAUAAGAAUUUUAUCUUUGAAAGAGGAAAUUAUAAAUACACUUUCAUUCUUAUUUCUUCUAAAUGUGAUAUAAUAAUAAUAACAUUGCGUAACAAAAAAAAAAAAAAAGAAGAAUAUAAUAAUAAAUUGAAUAGAUAUUCAUCAUGUAGUAUAAAUGAAAAUGUUUAUUUAGAAAAUGUAGAAAUUAUUAAUUAUUCUUCAUCCAAUAAUAAGAAUACAAAUAAUAUUAUAUGUAAUACUAUAAUAAAUAAAUACAAUUAUGAAAUAAAUAAUAAUAUAAAAAAUAAGAAUAAGAGUUGUGUCUUAUUUGAAAUUGUUUGUUUUUAUGAAAACGGAGAAAUGCAAAAGUAUAUAUAUACUUGUUCUUUAAAAAAUGAAAAUUUUGAAUUCUUUCUUAAUAAUAAAGAAGAAGAAAAAACAAAAAGUAUAAAUUGUAAAAAAUGUUUUUUUAAACCUAUUCUUUUUCCUUUUAAUGAAGAAUUAUUAAAUAAAAAAAAAAAUUCAAAUGAUCUUGUAUUAUAUAAUAUAAAAUUAAGUGAUUUCAAAAAUUUAAUUUAUAUUUAUUUUCAAGAAAAGAAAAUUGAAGGAAUUAGUCUAACUAUUAAUAAUGAAUGUCUAAUUAUUAAUUACAUUAAAAUGGUAAGUAAAUUAUUAAAAAAAAUUUUACAAAAUUUUUAUAAUUCGGAUGACCUAGAUAUUGUAUAUAAUUUUCAAAAUGAUAUAAAAAAUAAAUGUCAUAAUUUAAGUGAGAACAUAAAUAUUUCUAGUGACAGUACUAUUUGUCAUGCUAUUAAAAAAAACGAAAUACAUAAUAAUAACAUAAAAUAUAAUUUAUUUACACAAAGAGAAGUAAAAUCUUCAUUUUUUGAAUUCAAAUAUAUCCUUUUUGGAUUUUAUGAUUUAUUUUUAAUCAAUCAAAAAAAUUAUACAGAUUUAAAUGAAAAGAAAAAAGAAGAAUAUAAAAAAAAUUUUAUUAAUUGUUUUGAUACACAUAGUCAUUAUAAUUUUUUAAAUAUUAUAAAAGAAUAUAUUAAUUAUGAUUAUAUAAUAAAUAAAUGUUCUUAUAACAUUUCCAAUGAUACACAAAAAAAAAAGAAAAUUAAAUUAAACUUUUAUUAUUUUCUUUUAAUUAUACAAUAUUUUAAAAAAACAUAUAUUCAGGAAAAUAAAAGUUCUUUUUUUUAUAUGGUAUAUAAUGAGUUGUUACAAAAUGAUAAAUAUUUAAAACAUUUUUAUAAUACAUAUAAUGAAAUAGAUAAAAAAACUAAUAUUCAUUUAAACGAUAAUGAUAAUAAUAUUGAUACAAAUGAGAUAAAAAAAAAUGAAGAAACAGAUAUAAUAUUAAAAAAUAUGAAUUUUUUUGAUAAUUAUCAACUUAUUAAUAUAAGAAAAUAUGAUCUCAUUUUAUUUUCCUUUUUAUUUCAUAUGUAUAAUUUUUGUUUGAAACAGAAUGGACUUAGUAACGAUGAAUUUAAUUCUCAUAUAACUUACUUUUUAAUUAAUAAAAAAAUGAAGAAAUAUAAAAAAAAAUAUAGAUACAUUUGUAAAAAGAAAAUAGAUACAAAUGAAAAUAAUGAUAAUAAUAUUAAUAUUAAUAUGUGUCAUAGUAAAAAUUACAAAGAAAAAAAUUUUGAAGAGCAUAAAAAUAAUAUGUUAAACAAACAAAAUGAAUCUUUAGAUAAUUUAAAAGAAAAUAUAUUUUUAUCAAAAAAUAUUUAUGAUAAUCAAUUAAGUAGUCUUAAAAAUUUAAAGCAAAAUAAAACAAAUAUAAAUGAAAAGUAUAAUCAAAACAAAAUUAUAAUCAAUUAUUUAACAUGGAAAAAAUGUUUAUAUUAUAUAUACAAAAUUAAAAAAUAUACUAGGAAGAUAGAAACAUAUCAAGAAUUAUAUAUUUCUUCUAUAUUAUAUAUUAAUAUAAAUUUAUGCCAAAUAUUCUUUAUACUUUUAAAUAUAUUAAGAAUGAAUAAUACAAAUAUAUAUACAAAUAUACAUUUUGAUAUAAGAAAAAAUAAUUUAGAUUAUUUUUAUUUAUUAAUUAUACUAAAUUUUUAUAGUCUAUUUUAUAUGUUGAUUUUAGAUCAAAAAUAUAGUAUAAUACACGAUGAAGAUAAUAAUACCUAUAUAAGUAAACAUAUAAAUAACAAAAAAUAUAUGGAAGAAAAUGAUAAAAAUAUAAUAUCACUUUUGUCUUUUUUUAAUAAUAUUUAUGAAGAAAAUAAAGAGGAAUUGUUAAAAAAUGACGAAAAAAAAAAAAUAAAUAAUCAUAAUAGGAACACAGAUAUAUUGUAUACAUCUUCAAGUGGUGUAAAUAUAUCAGUUAGUACACAGUAUUUAGAACAAUAUCUUAUUUUAAUUUAUAAUAUAAUAAAAGAUAAAAUAAAUAAUAUCAAAGAAGAUAAUUAUAUUAUGGAGAAAUUUAUUUUUAAAAUUAAUUGUAUGAUAUGUAAUAAAGUAUGUGUUACUAAUAUAUAUAAUAAUUAUUAUAUAUGUGAAAAUAAUCAUAUAUUUAAUAAAUGUAUGUUAACCUUUGGAUGUAUAUAUAAAAAUCAUAUUAUUUUACCAACAGUUUAUAUAUUACAUGAUAUAAAUGAUAAAUUAUUUCCUAUUACUAAUGAUCAUAUUUUAUCAUAUAAUUUACAAUAUUAUUUGGAUCAUAUUUAUUUCUGUUCUUUUUGUUAUAAUUUUAUAACAACGCAAAAUUCUUUUUAUAAAAAAUUCUUUCUAUUUAAUCAAUGUCCAUUUUGUAAUCAUGAAUUGAAUAUUCUGUAA